UCUCUCUCUCUGCCUUCCAAAGUUAUUUCCUCUGUUUGCCUUUAUUUGCUUCAGUUUUAUUUAUGAAGUUAUUUAUCUUCUUUCUUACAGUCUUUAUUUUAUUUUUUAUUUUAGAGAAAUGUCUGACCUUGCAAUGUGGCAAUUUUUGAAGAAGAAACAUCCAGACAAUUCUGAAGAGGCUAGUGAUGAAGAAUUGCUAUCUCCUGACAAAUUUCACUGCUCUGGUGCAAAAAUGGGCACAAAAAAGGUUCAUCUUUACAAUGAAAGUUACUUAUCAAUGGACUGGUGAUCCAGGAUGUCCUAUUCCAAUGUGCCUUGUCUGUGGCAAACAACUUUCAAAUGCAGCAAUGGCUCCAGCAAAAUUAAAAAGGCACUUCACGACAAAUCACAGUCAUAUAAAAAAUAAAAGUGCUGAUUAUUUUAAAAUGCUAUUGGAAUCUCAAAAUAAACAGAGUACAGCUUUUGUGAAUAAAUUCAGUGUCAGUGAAAGGCUCAAGAAGCAAGUUAUCUGGUAGCAGAAAUUAUUGCACAGAAAAAGAAAAGUCACAUAGUUGGCGAGAACCUAAUAAUGCCAGCAUGUAAAUUAGAGUGGGACAAGAUGCAGUUUGAGAAAUUGAAAAUGUUCCACUUUGAAACAGUACAGUAAGUCAACGUAUCGAUGACAUGUCGCAUGAUGCUGAAGAGGUUUUGUGUGAUAAACUGAAAAAUAGAAGUUUUUAUAUCCAGGUUGAUGGGUCAACAGAUCUUACCAAUAAAUGUCACGUUGUGGCUUUUGUAAGAUUUGUCAAUGAGGCUGAAAUUCAAUAAAACUUUUUCUGUUGCAAAGAAUUGCCUGAGACAAGCAAAGGAAUAGAUAUACUCAAAAUAUUGUCCUCAUAUCUGGAAGCAAAAAGUCUCUCCUGGAAAAACUGUGUUGGCAUCUGUACUGAUGGUGCCCCAUCCAUGGUUGGCUCCAUAAGAGGAUUUGUUUCUCACGUAAAACGAGAAACUACUGAUGUUGUCUCAACACACUGCUUUCUUCACAGAGAGGUGCUGAUUUCAAAAUCUCUUGGACAUGAAUUGAAAAAAGUUUUUGAUGAUGCUACAAAAAUGGUUAACUUUAUUAAACAAUGACCAGUUCACUCCAGAAUGUUUAAAAUCUGUGUGAAAACCUGGACAAAGAGUACAUAAAUCUCUUGCUACAUACAGAAAUCCGGUGGAUGAGUAGAGGAAGAGUUCUAAAUAGGGUGUUUGAGCUAAAAGAUGAAUUGCAGGAAUACUUUCAAGAAAGCAAUAAGCAAGAUUUUGCCAAGUACAUUGAAGAUGAAAAAUGGUUGCAGAGGCUGGCCUACUUAGCAAACAUUCUUCAUCACACGAAUCAGCUCAACAAGUCACUGCAAGGGCCUGGAGAAAAUAUGUUGACUUCAAGUGACAAGAUUCUUGGAUUUAAAAGAAGACUGAAUCUUUGGAAAAAUCAUGUUGCUAAAGGGAAUCUUGAGAUGUUUCAAUCACUGGUGGGGCUUAAAAGUAAAGAAGGAUAUCAGCAAAUUUCAAGUCUUAUUGAAACCCACCUGGAAGAACUGUUGAUCAAAAUCGAAAAUUAUUUUCCUUCCCUUUCAACACAAGUGUAUGAUUGGGUGAGGGAUCCAUACUCUGAAUCUUCUGCUCAUCCUGAGAACUUGACUUUAAGAGAAGAGGAAGAACUCUGUGGGCUGCAAUCUGAUCGUACACUCAAGAUGAGAUUUACUGACCUAUCCCUGGACAAGUUCUGGAUUUCUGUAAAAGAGUAUCCUGCCAUUCAUAGGGAAGCAAUAAAUAUAUUGCUGCAGUUUUCAACCGCUUACAUGUGUGAGCAACGUUUUUCUUAUUUAACAAGUAUCAAGACCAAAGACAGAAAUCGUCUCCUUUCAGUUGAAGAUGAAAUCCGUAUGUAUUUAUCUAAAGUUCGACCCCGAAUUAAGUAUUUGGGUACCAAAAGACAAGCACAGGUUUCACAUUAGAAAAGUAAAUUUUAUUAUUUAAAUUGGCUUCAAAAAUAACAUUUCCUUGACACGUAUAUUUGUUCAUAUGACAUUUUACUUUGAUUUAUCUUAUGCCUUUUCAAUAUUGUCAAUAAACGAUUUAGUUAUUGUAAUAAUUA